AUGAUGGUUGAUGGCCCAUUACAAUGGUAUUUUCUCUUUGGUAUUAUUCAAAAUGGAGUGAAACCACCAGUCGAUCUGAGAUUUCGUCCAGCGCUUAAUCAAAGAUUGUUCUAUCAUACGAUUGAAAUUGAAUCGUAUGAUUCAGAAUCAAGACAAAUUAUCGAACGAUUAGAAAUUGAAAGUGUUGAAAAAAUCGUUGCCAUGACAAAACUUCAGAUUAACGUCAUCAAUUUGAAUGUGAAAAUGGAACCGAACAAUGCGACUAAGUUGGAACGACUAUUGAAACGUCCUUACUUCGAUCGUCUUGUAGAACAGGAAUUAUCUGGUGAUGUACGAUCACGGGAUCAUCCAUUUGGCUAUGCAUGGUUGUUGUUUCCGUCUCCGGAAAGUUUGCUAAUACCCGAUAUGGUCUUUUACGAAGGACAGAGAUGGGCUGUGAAAAUGAUCGGAAAUUUCUUUGAAGUUCAAUAUGAACUAACUAAGAUUGACCACGAGCAACAUCUAGCAUAUGUUGAUGCUCGAAAUUGUACUUGUUUAAAUAGAUCAGCAGGCAAUAAACGAUGGAAUGCUUCUUGGAUAGUAGACAUACGCUCUGGAAUAAUCAAACGAACUUUUGUCGAGCUUGAAUAUGCAUCACCCAAACGAGCUACCUACAAGACGAUUACUAAAGUGUUUACACGGGAAGCAGAUGAGCAUAUGAUUUUCGAUUACGAGAUCGACGAUAAAAAUCUUGAUGAAUUAUAG